UCAAAAAAAUUUUACAUUUUUAUUAGAUUUGUCGGCUUUUUUUAAUUUUCUCUUUUUAUUUUUAUGUCUUCCUUCCAUUUAUGUCGAUUCCAAAUUUUCAUCAUUUAAAAAGCGAUAAUUCUACUAAACAGCUGCAAACUAGUCCGGUCGGCUUUUCAAAUGUUUCACGAUCAUCAACAUUCCAUUACUGUUUUUCACCCCCAACAUUAAAUAAUGAAAGCUCCUCGAUAAAUAAUAAAUCUCCGGUGAUUCCAAUUUGUGACAUCUCUUCUUCUAUUAAAACAAAUUCUUUUAAAUCCACACCUUCUUCUGAUGAUAGUUGUAAUAAAAAUACUGUAGAAUCUUCUUCUAAUCAUCAAAUGCAAAAAAAUGUUUUACAUUCGACAUAUGCAGAAGCUAUUGAAAGCGAAUGUUUAGAACAUUAUGAAAUUAAUUUGGAAAGAUAUAAAGAUGAACGAGAUGCCAUACAAAAGAAAACUUUUACAAAAUGGGUAAAUCAACAUUUAUCAAAAACAAAUAAAGUGGUUGAAGAUUUAUUCUUUGAUUUGAGGGAUGGAAGGAAUUUAAUUGAUUUACUUGAAUUAUUAUCUGCCGAAAAUUUGUCAAGAGAAAAUGGAAGGACUCGCUUUCAUCGAAUUCAAAAUGUCCAGUCUUGCUUGGAAUUUUUGAGACGUCGAAAUAUAAGAUUGGUUAAUAUUAGGCCUGAGGAUAUUGUUGAUGGAAAUGGAAAGUUAACACUUGGACUUAUUUGGACAAUAAUUCUAAACUUCCAAGUUUCUGCAGUAAUUAAUUAUCAACAAAAGGCACAACGUCGACAAGAUAUUACUGUUCAUAUAUCAGCUACAACCUCUCCAAAUAAUAAAAUUAUUAAUUCACAACAAGAUGAAGGUGUUCAUUACAGUCAAACAACUUCUAGAUUGGUAGGUUAUUUAAUUUAA